AUGACCAUCGCACUCACAGCAGAGAUCGAUAGCGUCACUUUUGAGCAGUAUCCAAGCCCACUAGGCGUCGGCAUUGCUGCUCCUAGAAUCUCAUGGAAGUAUGCUUCAGGCGUGAAAGAUUGGUAUCAGACAGAGUAUGAGAUCGAGAUUAGGGAGCUCGAGAAAGGCACUUCUAAAACAUACAGUGUCGCAUCGGAAAGCUCAGUAUUGGUCCCCUGGCCGGCUCCUCCUCUCAAAAGUAGACAGCGAGUACAGCUUAGUAUAAGGGCUAGAUCGAGUAAUGGCGUAUGGACCAAUUCGCUGACAACCGAGGUCGAGGCAGGUCUUCUUCAUGAAACCGAUUGGUCAAGUUCAUUCGUCUCAUCAUCCUUUACGCAACCUCUAGGCAUAGCCAAACGACCCUAUCGCCUUCGUCAAUUUUUCCCCGUCCAGCUAUCCAAGGCUCGCAAGGCUCGACUGUAUAUCACAGCUUUGGGAGUUUACGAGUCGUACAUCAAUGGGAUUAGAAUCGGCCAGGAUGUGCUGAGUCCUGGGUGGACAAGUUAUUCUGCUCGACUUCCCUAUCAAACAUACGAUGUGACAUCUCUCCUGCGCGAGGGAACAAAUGUGUUGAGCGCUUGGGUGGGAGAAGGUUGGUAUUCAGGACUUUUAGGAUAUCAGGGAGGAUCACGAAACAUCUUCGGCGAUAGAAUUGGACUGCUUGCUCAGUUAGAAAUCGAUGGGGAACCCGUUGAAGGAAACUGGGAAUGGUCUUUUGGUGCUAUCGCAUCCGCUGGUAUCUAUGAGGGGGAGAUGUACGACACGAACCUUCCAGACGCAUCUGAUCACGCGCAAGGGGAAUGGCACCAGGUUGAUAUUCUGCCGACGCCCACGUUCAAGCUGUUCAGUUCCCAAAGUCCACCGAUCCGUGUCGUUCAAUCUGUCAAGCCCAUCGGUAUCAUCACCAGUCCUUCUGGAAAGAUCAUAUUGGAUUUCGGUCAGAAUCUUGCCGGUGUCGUACGACUGGUUUCCAAUCCUCCAACCAAUUCCGGAUCUCAGCUCAUUAUUCGACAUGCCGAAGUGCUUGAACAUGGUGAAAUCGGAACCAGACCUUUGCGAUUCGCUUCUGCGACGGACACGAUCGCUCUCAGUGGUAAAGAUAUCUCUGGUUACCAUCCGAGAUUUACGUUUCACGGAUUCCGAUACGCUGAGGUCACGGGGUGGCCAACCAUCUCUCUAGAUGAUGUCGAUGCGGUCGUGUUUCAAUCUUCCAUGGACCGCUCUGGUACAUUCACGUGUUCUCAUGCGCUGCUCAACCGUCUACACGAAAAUGCCGUGUGGUCCACCAUGGCCAAUACAAUCGGUAUCCCCAGUGACUGUCCUCAAAGGGACGAGCGGCUGGGCUGGACGGGAGACGUAUGCGUGUAUUCCCCAACAAUGUCGUAUCUGUUCGACGCCUCUGGCUUCCUCUCUGAAUGGCUGCAAGAUCUCUGGCACGAUCAACGCAAGCUGAAUGGUGUGGUGCCAAUCUUCGUACCUGAUACGGGGACUGACGUAUCCACUCCAGAAGCUAUAUGGGGGGAUGCUGCAGUCCUUGUUCCUCAUGAUGUCUAUCUAGCAAGUGGGGACAUGGCUGUGCUUGAACGACAAUUCGAAUCUAUCAAGAUGUGGCUCAACGAAGGAAUCGAGAGGAAUCCUUCGACAGGUCUUUGGAGUCGUGAUCGUGACCAGCUGGGUGAUUGGCUUGCUCCUAGAGCUCCACCGGAAACUCCAAAUAUGGGCCCUACCGACAAUCUCCUGGUCGCGGAUGCCUGGCUCAUAUAUUCAACUCGAACGGCUAGCAAGAUUUCUCGUGCGAUUGGGCGAAUAGAAGACGCUACUAGAUACGAAACUCAGGCCAAAGAGCUGACGGAGGAGUUCUAUAACGAGUAUGUCACCCGAUCCGGUCGCCUAGUUAGCGAGACUCAGACAGCUUUGUGUCUACUUCUGCGCUACGAGAUCUUCCCCCCUCAAUGCAAGGGCAGUCUCGACUAUCGGUCUCUUUUCGCCGAACGCCUAGUUCAUCUAGUGACGAAAGCUAAUUGGCUCAUUGAUACCGGUUUCGCUGGAACUCCAAUUGUCCUCCCCACUUUGGCUGAUAACGGUCAUCUGUCUCACGCAUACCGGAUGCUUCAAGCGACCGAAUGCCCUUCUUGGCUCUCGCCGGUUCUCUUGGGCGCAACCACCAUAUGGGAACGAUGGGAUAGUAUGCUGGCUGACGGGAAUAUCAAUCCUGGCGAGAUGACGAGCUUCAACCAUUACGCGCUCGGAAGUGUCGCAAGCUUUAUGCAUACGUACAUUGGUGGUCUCAGCCUUCUUUCUCCUGGCUGGAAAACUUUUUCGAUACACCCGCGUCCAGGAGGAACAAUCACAUCUGCCAAAAGCAGUCAUCAAAGUCCUUAUGGAAAGAUUGCUGUGGAAUGGGAGAUACGAGAUGGAAUCUUUCAGAUGACUGUAGAGGUCCCGCCGAACUGUACGGCAACGGUGACUGUACCUGGAUCUCAGCAGCAAGAGGUGAUUGGAAGUGGAUUACGUCACUAUUCGUCUCAGUACAGUCUGCCGUCAUUCCCUCCUCCUCCGUAUAUACCUCACUUUGCGCCUGUUAGACCCAACGAGUGGGCAGCUUGA